AAAAUUACGAAAAUCUGAAACUAAAAAUCGAUAAUUUAAUAUUUGAAUUAAAUAUAUAAUUUUAUAAUUAUAAAUUAUCUUUUUCUUUCCUUGUGUCGAUUCGAAAACUAUACAAGUUCGUUCCCCUCUGGAGGACAGUCAGAAGCAAGAGCAAGAAAUCAGCGUGCGCGAGCUAAUGAAAAAGGGAAUAAGAGAGAAUGUACGGAAAAUUGAAAAAUACAAGAGCGAAACUAUACUCAGUUGUUAGUGCGUGUGUGAUGACGAGAGAAACCAGCAUGAUUUCUUGUCCGUGACUGUCAUUCAAGGUUCAACAUUUCUUUCUUUGUUUUGUUUUAAGUAAUAACAAAAAAUAUAAACCAAUAACAUAUGAAUACUAAGAUAAAUUUUUAUUUUUUAAAAAUUAUCUCUAUAUUCAGAUAAAAUAUAAGUUAUAUUUCUCUAUUAUUUAGAUUAGGGAGACAAAAAAAAAUAUUAACUCUCAGCAGUCGAGGAGUACUGUGAAUGUCUGCCUUACCGAUUAUUAAUUUAAUAAUUUAGGGCCAAGCAUGCCCUCUAAAAAGCAGUACAAUCUUGUGCGAAAUGAUGAAUACGACACGAGGAUUCCUUUGCACAGCGAGGAAGCUUUUCAUCGUGGUAUUGUUUUCCAUGCCAAGUUUAUCGGUUCUAUAGAAGUACCAAGGCCAACCAGCCGAGUAGAGAUCGUAGCAGCAAUGCGACGAAUUCGAUAUGAAUUCAAAGCAAAAGGAAUAAAGAAGAAAAAAGUUACAUUAGAAGUUUCUGUUGAUGGUCUCAAAGUAACGCUUGGUAAAAAAAAAAAGAAACAACAAUGGAUUGAUGAAAACAAAGCAUUUCAAAUGCAUUAUCCAAUAUACAGAAUAUUUUAUGUCUCCCACGACAGCCAUGAUCUAAAAAUAUUCAGUUACAUAGCUCGAGAUAGUAAUAGCAACUCGUUCAAGUGCAACGUCUUUAAAUCUAGUAAAAAGAGUCAAGCCAUGAGAGUAGUUAGGACAGUGGGUCAAGCCUUUGAAGUGUGCCAUAAAUUAAGCCUGAAUGCAACGUCGGAACAAAGAGAUCAAGAUAUUGACAAAGAACGAGAGCAUACACUCGAACACGAUGACGAUCAUCCACUUCAUAAUGAUAAUUAUGAUGAUGAGAUGACGAAUGAACGGUCUCCAAUAAUUCAACCACGAAUACCAUCACCAAGUAUACACAAAGAUAUGUCACUAAUGUGUGAUGGAGAAAAUUUAGUGCAAGAUCAUCCACUUGAUGUUGCACCUUGUGGAGUAAGAGCGCAUGGAUCUUCUGCAUCGCCGAUGAGACAAUCGCCAUCGGGAACAGUAGCUUCUGAUUGUGGAGAUUUAUUAAUAUCAAGUAGUAAUGAAUUGACUUCUCUCAAACAUGAAAUACAACUUCUCCAAGAACGUCUUGAUCAGCAAAGUCAACAAACGCGAGCUGCUGUGGCGCAUGCACGGUUGUUACAGGAUCAAUUAGCAGCUGAAACAACAGCACGAGUCGAAGCUCAAACACGAACUCAUCAGCUUCUUAUUCAGAAUAAAGAGCUGUUGGAGCAUAUUGGAGCAUUAGUUAAUCAUUUAAGGGAACACGACCGUACAUUAGGAACUCACAGUACUGCCGUGGCACAGUCGCAAAAUACAGGUGCAACGAACAAUCAAAUGACUUCACCGAGUCCUACCACUCCUGACUUGCCAAAUCUUGGUCAGCAGUCACAAUGGACACCGGUGUAUAAUUCACCCUGGGAUUUAGAAGCGCCGUCUUUUACAUGCACUUACACACCUGAAAUGUAUUUCACCAAGAGGGUAGACCAGUCUAAUAUUUCCAAUGAUCAAAUACACUUCCAAGCUCAACUUCUUGAGAGGUUGCACAAUAUUAGUCCAUAUCAAACUCAGAGGACACCUUUCAGUACAUCCUCACGUUAUCCUCUGCAACCACCGAAUUUUCUUUUGUCUCCAAAUUGCAAUAAAUUACCCAACUCAUCAUCCUCGGGAACUCUGUCUCUUCGUAUUCCUCAUACGAACAGCUAUACUUCAUCUCCACUAAUGUCAAAUAAAAUUCCUAUCUACCCCACGCAAAUCGAGAGCUCAUCCGAUCCUCUUUCUGAACUUCAAGCCUUGAUUAAACCUUUGCCACAUAUGUCACGUCAAAGAAAUUCACUGUACACAUCAGGAUCAAAUACAAUCGCUCGAGAUUCAGAUGUUAAACAACAAGAAAGGAUCACUUGUCCGCAAACUUCAUUGACUCUUGAAACUCCUUUAUGUAAAAAGAAAUCUGUGAAAUAUUAAAGUUGUAUACCACACAGAUUUACAAUAAUAAUUAACAUUUUUUGAUUAA